AUGACCAAAACUUCGUCGACGCCAAUGGUGCAUCUCAGGUUCAGCAGACCGGCCCGGAGGACUCCUCCCAAGUCGGAGUUCAAAAAUUCAACGCAGGACGAAGCAGAAGCAGCCGCACUACCAUCAGUUCAAGUCGCUCAUCGCUGCUGUGGAGCCCAAGUUGACGCUGUUUGCUUCGCGUUCUUUCCAUCGCCUUCGCAAUCACGCCAGUCAUCUUCGUUUGCCUCCUCAACAUCAGAGUCAAUGCAGUUCGCCACCAUCGAUCGCCAUACAUAG